UCUAUAAGUACGCAUAGUUGCCUGAUUUUGAUACGAUAACAAAGUCUUUCAGUUAAAUCAAGAAAGAACAAAAGAUGGUUAACUUUGUGUUUCUCACUUUGAUCGGUUUUUCUUUGUGUUUGCUACUAUGGGGUGGUUUGAAAGCCCUUUAUUCACUUUGGUGGAGACCAAAGAAACUUGAGAAGGAAUUGAAGCGACAAGAGAUUAAAGGGUCUCCAUACAUACUACUCUAUGGUGUAGACUUGAAAGAGUAUAUCAACUGUAUAACUGAAGCAUGGUCCAAACCGAUCAAUCUGAAUCACCAGAUAACGUCGCGUGUCGUCCCUUAUGUCAAGAAUCUUGUUCAGCAGUAUGGGAAGGUAUCACUGACUUGGAAUGGAACAACUCCUAGGCUAAUCAUCAUGGACCCAAAGAUGAUGAAAGAAGUCUUAUCUGAAAAAAACGGCAAUUUCCAGAAGCCACCAUUGAACCCUCUCAUUCUGAUGCUUGCAAAGGGACUGACUGUGUUGGAAGGAGAGGAAUGGUCCAAACAUAGAAGAAUUAUCAAUCCUGCAUUUCACCAAGAGAAAUUGAAGUGUAUGAUGCCUGCAUUUUCGACUAGUUGUAUCGAGUUAAUUGAGAGUUGGAAGAAGUUGGUAGAUCCUACUAAAGGUUCUUGUGAAUUGGAUGUGUGGCCUGAAAUGGGGAAACUAACUGCUGAUGUUAUUUCACGGACUGCUUUUGGAAGCAAUUAUGAAGAAGGCAAGAGACUCUUUCAACUACAAAAGGAACAGAUUCUACUAGUUGUUGAAGCUAUGCAAAUGUUAUACAUCCCCGGUUAUAGGUUCAUACCUACAAAAAAGAACAAGAGGAGACAGUAUCUAGCUAAGGAGAUAAAUGGUAUACUUAGAGGGUUUAUUAGUAAACGAGAAGAGUUGAUGAAAACCGAUUCGUCAAGUAGUACUAAUGACUUGCUAGGAUUGCUACUGCAAUCUAGUUACUCAGAAAGCAAUGGAUUGACCAUUGAAGAUGUUAUUGAGGAAUGCAAGGUUUUUUACUCAGCUGGUCAAGAAACAAAUUCAACCUUUCUAACAUGGGCGAUAGUCGUAUUGGCAAUGCACCCGAAUUGGCAAGAGAAAGCAAGAGACGAAGUAGAGAGAAUUUGUGGCAAAAAAGUGCCCGAUUUCAAGGAUAUUACGCAUUUCAAGAUUAUGACAAUGAUACUAAACGAAGUCUUAAGGUUAUAUCCACCCGUAGUCGAAGUAUAUCGACACACUUGCAAAAGAACCAAACUAGGAGAUAUCUCCAUACCAGCGGGAGUCGAUCUGACUCUUCCGAUACUUCUUAUUCAUCAUGAAAAUGAAUAUUGGGGUGAUGAUGCUGACGAAUUCAGACCAGAGAGAUUUGCUGACGGAGUUUCGAAUGCCUCAAAGGAUAAUCAAGCAUCAUUCUUUCCAUUUGGAUGGGGUCCUAAGGUUUGUAUAGGCCAAAACUUUGCUAUGAUUGAAGCUAAAAUGGCUUUGGCUAUGAUUCUGCAAAACUUCUCUUUUGAGCUCUCACCGUCUUAUGCUCAUGCUCCGUACACUGUCAUGACUCUUCAACCUCAACAUGGAGCUCAAAUCAUACUACACCAACUCUAGCUAAGUUACACUGAAAUUGUAACAAUAAUGUGAUCCUUAAUAGCAAGAAAAGUGUGUACUAGUUCUACGUUUUGCUGUAUUGUGAUCUUCGAUAUUGCACAUCAUGUGUGUUUCUCCUAUUCUUUCACGAAUUGGUAGUGUGUACUUAUGUGACCCAGUAUAAAAGUAUCCUGUGUAUUUGACAUUCAGAAUCG